CAGCUGUUUUACCUUCCCCUUAUUUCCCCCCUGGCUGAGCAACAUCAUCACCAACUUGCUUUAACUCAAGUUGGACUAUAAUCUGAAUCAUGUGUAUUAACUAAUAAUUUAACUAAACAAUUUAAUUUAUUAUCUUUUUAAUUAAAACCCAAAUAUGGGGUUGUGUAAGUGUCCUAAGCGUAAAGUAACUCAACAGUUCUGUUUUGAACACAAAGUCAAUGUUUGUGAGUAUUGUAUGCUGACACACCAUUCAAGGUGUAUUGUUCGUCCAUACCUCCAAUGGUUAGAAGAUAGUAGUUAUGAACCGGUCUGUGGUCUCUGUCAACAGUAUCUCAAUAAUGAAGAAUGCGUUAGAUUAAUUUGCUAUCAUAUUUUCCAUUGGAAUUGCCUUAACAAUUACGCCAAUAGUUUACCUUCAAACACUGCGCCUGGUGGUUAUUCAUGUCCAAACUGCUGUAAGACAAUAUUUCCUUCGACGGAUGCCAAUACACCAAUAGCUAAUCAUCUUAAGAAACUCUUAUCAACUGUUCAAUGGUCUCGAGCUGGACUUGGUUUACCUUUGAUUGACACUCCAUCAGUAAGCUCGCCAACAUCUCCUAGAUCACCUGUAACCAUUGAAAAAACAAAUUCCGUUAAAAAUGUGCAAAUCGCUCCAGCCGCAUCAACCACUAGUUUGAAAACGCAACCAACUCAUGUCCCUGUCAAUGUAAAUCCCGUUUCAAACUAUGUCAACUGUGAUGAAGUCAACUUUGUCACCAAUGCUAGAAAAUUCCAUCAUGUUAGUAGUAUAAAUCCAAGCAAUGCAAACACAUUUUUGGACAUCGAUGAGGAUAAAUAUCGCCGGAAAUCACCUCUAGAACUAAUUUCAAAAUGGUUUAGAUCACAUAACAUUACCAAACACAAUGAAGGAUUGUCACUGAAAGGAUGGAUUGUUAUCGGUUUUCUGGCAAUUUUUACUGUUUUCACCUUAGCGCAUUACUUCUUGAAACUUGGAAGGGAAAAUGCUGACCAUGACCCAUUACUUGAUCCACAUUUCAAUCCCAAUAUCAGAGUUGCUCAAGAUGAAGAGUAAUUCCUUUUUUCAAUUGCUUAAUUAUUUUGUGAAUAUCAGGAUAAAUUUUUAUUGUUUUCCUGGAUUUUUUAAUUAUUAGGUAAUUAAAUACCCAAAACAAUGAAAAAAAUU